UGGACAUCAGAGCUCAGUUGCAAGCGGACUGCGUCUAAGAGAAGCAGAGAAACUCCAGUAGCAGCUAAGAGUCCAGAGUAUUCAGAAGUAAAGUCGCCUACCAGAAUCUGAACUUUCGACAGCCAACAAACAUGAGUAAAUACUCAGUUAUCAUUGUCCUGACGCUGGUCUGUAGCGGCCUCGCGUUGCCUGCUCCCCUGCCCAACACCGAACGGAUGGCCACAGCGGAAUCCCUACAGAGGGAAGGAACUCACAACAAAGUCAUGGGGGACAAUAUUCCUGAGGAAGACAAAAUCGACGUUCUCGUUGAAGUUCUGAGACUGCCCCAACGUUCUCCAUCUGCCAGAAAUUACAGAGCAGUUAAGUCUGCGCCAGAAGAAACCAAAACAUUCUCUCCAGAACCUACGGCUACAGAAGAAACCGCGUUAGCAGACGAUAUUACUAACGGGAAGAAAGCAGUUGUUAUGGUUGAAUUCCUCAGAACAUCAGAUAAGAGUAAGCCCACCGUCAGGAAACAGCGUUCUGAGGAACAAGAAACAACCACCGUCAGUGACGUUUCUACAGCAACCGAAACUUCUGACAAGGUCACUGAAAAGGCUGCAGACCCUUCCGCCGACGUAAAGAGGGAGGCCGAUAGUUUUGACUAUUACCACAGUUUACAUGAUGAUGAUGAUAAGGAAGAUGACAUGGCAGUGGCUGAAACUAUUAUCUUUAGACCACUCUUCAGCUACAGACAGGACACAGCUGCAAGACGAAGAUCCUUCAGAGACGUUUCGGCAAUCCAUCCUGUAUACGAGGACUAUUACUAACUGCCAGCCGUUUUCAUGGGAUAGUGUCAUGCUCAUUUACUUCUCUCAAUCAUAUUGACAAGACAUGAUUUUUUUACUGACUGGAUUUUAUACCGUUAUUUAUUUUUGUACUACCACUUAUUUUAUAUUAUUAGAUUGAGCAAUAAAGUUACAUUUUUUUCUAUAAACUAAA